UGCGAAGUUCCUGGGAAACGAAAAAGCGUGAGUUGAGUGCGUUGAACAACAAAUAUCGCAAUGGAAUUGGAAAGAUUGUGAGUUGACAACAGCCAAAGGUUCGUUCUGUUAUUCCGUUUCUCCAUCUAUUCAGGUAUCUGUUCUCCUUCUUUUCCUGGGUGUUACAAGAAGAGCUUCUUCUUGGUUUCUUUUUGCUAUCUGAAUUCACGUAGUAUCUGUCCUUUUCAGUACCGUUGGGGAUAGUUUUGGUUUUGCGGGGGAGGGGGUUUGUAGGGACCGAAUAAAGUCUCCUGAUAGAACUCGUGCAACUGGAAAGGCUGCGUUGGAGGUUGGGAGAAGGGACGAGAAGGGAAGAGAAGGAUGCGUCAUUGGGGUUCUCAUGGGUUGCGGGGAUGCGUUGUUCGCUGGAUUGCGUGGCCCGGAGUCUGCAGAAGAGGGGGUGAGGAGAGAGAUUUUUCCGGAGAUCGGUUUGCCAUAUGGGCCCUUUGUGGGUUUCUGAAGAUUUCUCUUUGGGGAUCCAACACUCUACUUGAGGAGAAUUUGAAGUUGGAACGGCUUGCGGUGGACGAUCCGAGUAGGGGAGAUUUGACUGUUGUGUGCACUUGUCUAUCAGACUUGUUCCCGUGGUAUGUGGGUGCAGGGACCUGCUGGCCCACAAUUUAUUGUUUUUCGGUACGGUAUAUCCUCAUGAAAAUACCUUAACUUAUCGUUUUCUAUUAAGCAAUAUAUACCAUCAUUCAUUGCGCUCACACAGAACACAGACGAAUUCUCACAAAGCUGGGGAGCAAAAGCUUUAAUCGGGGUCCAAGGGAUCAAUUUUUA